UUCAGUGCAGGACUAAACUCUCAGGUGAUGAAACUGGCCUGGUGGUAUUGCAGGAAUCAGAUUGUAGCCUAGUGCAUGUGUUUAUUAAGUUCCACCUUAAAAUGAGUUGUUGUUGCUCAUAUUACUCAUAAGAAAAGGCUGCUCCAGAAGUUUGCCCCUCAGAUGGCUAGAAACCUAAUUCCCAGCCUCCGUUUAUUCAUUAAUUUGAAUGUCAGUUAUCAUGAACUGAAAAGGACGUUUUAUAAAGGUUAAUCAGUAGCAUAAUAUGAAAAUGAAAGUUUCUAAAGGGUUUGUCACAAAUUGCAAACUUCAUUGAGCAUGAGGGCUAGAGGAAGAUCACCUCAUCCAGCCUCCUGUCCCAAGGCAGCUCCAAUGCUGCCUGUGCUGUUUCUGACAUAUAUUCUCUAACUGUUUUAAAGUUGUCCUGGUGGGAAGAUUCUGCCACCUCCCUGUCUGAGUCCAGUGCUCCGCUCUCCUGUCUGCUACACAGCUCUUUUUGUGACAGACAUCCGAUCAUUCUUCUCACCCUCCUCUGGAUACUCAUUGCCACACAUGCCUGAAGCGUGGUAUCUGCGGUUGGACGUAGCUCCUCAGCUCAGCGCUGGCUGUCCUCUUGCUUAUACACCUUGAUGCAAGCUUUUGGAUUACAGCAAGGCGAUAAGAAUCACCAGCAAAUUGAAAAGCACAAAGCUGCAAAAUGUCGGGCCGAAGUGGGAAGAAGAAAAUGUCCAAACUCUCACGCUCAAGCAGGGCAGGUGUUAUUUUUCCUGUGGGGAGGAUGAUGCGCUACUUAAAGAAAGGAACAUACAAGUACCGGAUAGGUGUUGGAGCACCAGUUUACAUGGCAGCCGUCAUAGAGUACCUAGCAGCUGAAAUUCUAGAAUUAGCAGGAAAUGCAGCACGAGACAACAAGAAAGGAAGAAUUGCCCCCAGACACAUCCUCCUGGCAGUUGCAAAUGAUGAAGAACUGAAUCAGUUGCUAAAAGGUGUGACUAUUGCAAGUGGAGGUGUCCUGCCCAGAAUUCAGCCAGAACUUUUAGCCAAGAAACGGGGUGCCAAAGGCAAAUCUGAGACCAUCCUUUCCCCUACUCCUGAGAAGAAGGGAAGGAAAUCUAUGGUGAACAAAAAGAGUGGGAAGAAGGCAAAGUCUACCAAGGCCCGGACACCCAAAAAGAACAAACAAAAGGACAACGAAAAAGAAGGAGCUUCAAAUUCAACAUCUGAAGAUGGACCUGGGGAUGGUUUCACUAUCUUGUCCUCCAAGAGCCUUGUGCCAGGACAAAAGCUUUCUCUGACACAGAGUGACAUCAGCCAUAUUGGCUCCAUGAAAGUAGAAGGCAUCGUUCACCCUACAACUGCUGAAAUAGACCUCAAGGAGGAAAUAGGCAAGGCAUUGGAAAAGGCUGGAGGGAAAGAGUUUUUAGAAACGGUGAAAGAGCUUCGCAAAUCUCAAGGACCUUUGGAAGUUGCCGAAGCUGCACUUACUCAGUCUAGCGGCCUAGCAGCAAAGUUUGUCAUCCACUGUCACAUCCCACAGUGGGGCUCAGACAAGUGUGAAGAGCAGCUUGAAGAGACCAUAAAGAACUGCUUAACAGCCGCAGAAGACAAGAAGUUGAAGUCCGUGGCUUUCCCCCCAUUUCCCAGUGGCAGAAACUGCUUCCCAAAACAGACGGCAGCCCAGGUGACUCUAAGAGCUAUUUCCACGCAUUUUGACGGCACCAGCUCUUCCUCCUUGAAGAACAUUUACUUUCUGCUCUUCGACAGUGAAAGUAUUGGCAUCUAUGUGCAAGAAAUGGCCAAGCUAGAUACUAAGUAGCAACGGCAGCCAAAUGAAACUUUAUUUUUCAACAAACUUGAGUAGCAUUAAAAGCAUUAGAGGUGGGUUUUAUUUUUUCAAUGUGAUGAGGAGGGGGAGUGGUAGUAGUGUGAUGUGUUGUGACUUGAUGAAGAGCUGUGACUAGAGAUGAGAGGGGUUUAGUCCGAUUUCUUCAUGCUAUCAGCAUCCUCUAGCCAUUUAUAUCACCUUAAGCAAUUGAGUUACCAUCUCUUUUCAGGAGUUUGUUUAGUGUCCCUUGUUACUUUAGUUUAGACGUUUUUAAAGAGUAACCUUAUUUUAGAUUUGUAGUGAUGAAUUUUUCACGUGCACACACACACACUUUAAAGAAAGCUCUUAAAAAUGUUCUGCUCCCUUUUCCGCUCCCUUGAGGGUGGAUGGUAAACUUCUGCCUCCAGCCCACAGAGAGGGGAAAAGGAUUUUAGAAGUGAUGCAUGAGGAGCUUCU